AUGGAAGUGGCCCGGUUCGGGAUCAGCCAACGAGGAGCGAAGAAACUGAUCUGCCAUGGGUACGAAUACGUCAAGGACCGAGACUUUCCGGAUUCGACCAAUUGGCGCUGUGCUUUGUUCCGUCGGCAGAAGUGUCGCGCCCGUGCCAUUACCAAAAUCAUUGACGGUAUCACCUACGUGACUACUCGUCGUGGUCAACAGAAACUAAUACACAAUGGGCAUGCGUACACCAAGGAUCGACAGUCGGCGAAGACUUGCAACUGGAAAUGUUCCCUCUUUACGCGGUACAAGUGUAAGGCUCGUGCCGUUACGAGGGACAUCAAUGGCGUGGUGUACGUGAAAGUCACCAACACGUUACACUACCACCCGGUGGAGCAGUACAAGAUCAACUACCGAAGGCUGGCCGUCAACCCAAUGAAUGACAAAGCUGUUUUCACCGAGCGAGCCCUGUACGAGUACACCUCCCGAGGAACGCAGCGCUUGCUUCAUGGCGGAUAUUACUUUAGCAAAAACAAAACCAACGAAUCGAGCGGACGGGUGAACUGGAAGUGCCAAUUUUACCAACGGCUUCGCUGCAAAGCAAGGGCCAUCACGAAAAACAUCAACGGAUACGAAUACGUGCGCGUCACCCACGAAGAGCACAUCCAUCGCCAGGAUCUCACCGAGAAUGAGUUCCUUAAGCUGAAAAUUGUUCAAUAUUUGACACGCAAAUCGGACGAGCACUACGACGAUGAUGGUGAAGACGGCGAUGAGGAUGACGAAGCGAAGACCCAAUUCCCGUUGGACCUGAAGAUGGUGGUAGGCCGCAAGGGACGCCCAAUGCUGCUGAUGGGUGGCCACGCCUUUUUCCGCAACAAUACCCACAAGAGCAAAACCUACUGGCUGUGUGCCAAGAGCCGUUCGCUGAAGUGUCGCGCCCGAAUCAUUACCCUGGACGGCAGUGCCGGACUGAUCCUCAAGAAUCAGGUCCAUAAUCAUCCAGCGGCGUUGGAAAGGUCCUAG